CCUGACUGCUUUGCAGCUGGCUAAAUUCUUGGUGCAGGAAAUCAGACGUGGCAAGAUUUGAAACAGACACACACCAGUCAACAUGAGCACAGCAGGCAAAGUUAUCAAAUGUAAGGCAGCAGUAAUGUGGGAAGCCAAUAAACCGUUUUCUAUUGAGGAAGUGGAAGUUGCCCCACCAAAAGCACACGAAGUUCGCAUCAAGAUCGUGGCCACAGGGAUCUGUCGAUCUGAUGACCAUGUGAUAACUGGUGCACUGGUUGUGCCUUUUCCAAUAAUUCUUGGGCACGAAGCAGCCGGUGUUGUGGAGAGUAUUGGGCAGGGAGUAACUUCAGUCAAACCAGGAGACAAGGUUAUUCCACUCAUAGUUCCACAGUGUGGGGAGUGCAAGAGUUGCUUAAACACCAAGGGUAAUCUGUGCAGUAAAAAUGACUUUAGUACAGCUACUGGAUUAAUGUCUGAUGGCACCACUAGAUUCACCUGUAAAGGAAAAGCAAUUCACCAUUUUAUUGGUACAAGUACCUUCACUGAAUACACAGUAGUGGAUGAAUUUGCCAUAGCCAAAAUUGACUCUGCUGCUCCUCUGGAAAAAGUUUGUCUAAUUGGCUGUGGAUUUUCAACUGGUUAUGGGGCUGCUGUGCAGACUGCCAAGGUGGAACCAGGCUCCACCUGUGCCGUCUUUGGCCUUGGAGGUGUUGGCCUCUCUGUUGUGAUGGGCUGCAAGGUGGCUGGUGCUUCCCGCAUCAUUGCUGUUGAUACCAAUAGCAACAAGUUUGCCAAGGCCAAGGAGCUGGGAGCCACCGACUGUGUCAACCCAAAAGAUUUCAAGAAGCCCAUUCAUGAAGUGUUGAUUGAAAUGACUGGCGACGGUGUGGACUACUCAUUCGAAGUCAUUGGCCGUACCGAAACCAUGACUGCAGCCUUGGCCUGUUGUCAGUGCAACUAUGGAGUCAGUGUGAUUGUGGGACUACCCCCUGCGGCACAAAACAUCAAUUUUGACCCCAUGCUCCUCUUCACUGGUCGCACUUGGAAAGGGUCUGUUUUUGGAGGCUGGAAGAGUAAAGAUUCAGUCCCUAAACUGGUUGCUGACUAUAUGAAGAAAAAAUUUGUUCUAGAUCCAUUAAUAACCCACACACUUCCUUUCUCUAAAAUCAAUGAAGGAUUUGAUCUGCUAAGGACAGGGAAGAGUAUUCGCAGUGUCCUGGUGUUGUAGGAUUCAACAGAUGGCUCAGCACCAGUACAAACUUCGUUAUCCUCCAAUACAACUGACAGGAAAUGCAAACAGAUGGGUCUGCAAGGUCUGCCACCACCACCCUUGAGUAGAAGGAUCAAUUUCAAACCCUAGACUUCAAGCACAGCAUUUAUAGAUCAAAUAAGCUUUUCCCUCUUACCUCUUUCUCGUAAUUCUUGCUUUAAAUCCUUGUAUUGUGCUGCAACUUUAUUUUAAUAUCUGGUUAUGAACUAUAGGACUUGCUGCCGUCUUAUGUGUUAUGAAAAUUACAUCCCAUAGAAGAGAAAAUAUGUAGGACUGAAGCAGAUGCAAGAAGCAUGGAGUAGAAGAAUUACUGAACAGGCCACAGAGGUCUCUCUAUUGAAGGAUGUUUGAAAAUGCUUCAUCUUCACAAAUGUUUUUGUCGUGCUCUACUCUAAUGUGACAUUGGCUAUGUGAACAACAAUUUAGCAAAGAGCAAGGGUGUAGAGAGUUUUGUGGAGACUUGGCUAGAGGAAAGAGGACAUGACAGAAUACAGCUGGUUAGGCAGUAAGCAUUAAGCGAUAAGAUAUUGGACCCUUGCUCAAGGACGUGGUGCCCUUGAGUAAGAGAGUUGUAUAAUAACAGGAUGAGAAAACAGGAACUUAGUUUGGGUUGAGCAGCCACAAGCAUCCAAAGUAUGUUGAAACAGGGGCAGGAUUGAUAUUUAACUGGGAACCAA